AUGUACUCCCUCCUCGUCUCCUCCGUCUUCCUCGUCGUGCUGGCACAAUGCGGGUAUCCAGUGGCCGAGAACACCUACCCAACUGCCCCUCCGACCUAUCCGACUCCACCAUCCUACCCGCUCCCGAAGAAGUAUCCAGUUGCCCCGAGCUAUCCAAUCAAGCCGACGUACCCAUCUCCACCGACCGACUACGCCCAGAAGCCUUCCUAUUCCGCUCCUCCACCGCCACCAGCUCCGAUUCCGUCCGGAUACAGUUCCAGCUCGUUCAGUGACAGCGAAGUCGCAGCUGCUCCGGGAGUCCAGUCCAAUUACGCUGCCGGGACUUGUAAGUGUACAUCACAAAAGUGUACACAAACUUGUUUUGUUUUGUUUCAGUCCGUCAACGCGCCAAGGCCCGUACCGCCCAAAACCGUCAGUUUCAUCAACGUCAUGCCCUCCAACCAAUCCGUCGUUUCCAGCAAAAGGCCAGACAGUAG